AUGGACAUCACCAGCUUCGUCGUCCAAGGCCGCGACCAGGCCCUCCUUUACGGCGACUACUCCACCUACCACUCAGCGCUUUCCAAGCGCCUCCUCAACGCCCGCAAGAAGCUGGCCAUUGCGACCAAGAACCGCGGCAAGUUCCACAAGAAGGACAAGAUCACCGCCGAGGAUGUUGCCAGCAGCCAUGAGCACGUUCACCUGGUGCUCCUGACGAGCGAGCGAGCUUUUGCCCAGGCCAUGAGCAUCAAAGCCGCGCACACCGCCGACCAGAAGGGCCUCUCCAGCCGCACACGCUCCCACAUCGUCUCGAGACUCGACAAGGCAGCCCGCGCCGCCCAGGACCUCGUCGACGCCCUCUCCCAACAGGCCGUGUCUGGGGCCUCCGACGGCGAUGUCAUCGAGGCCAAGGCGUACGCCGCCCUCAUCCGAGGCGCAAUGCAGUUCGAAAAGCACACCUGGGAGCCCUGCCUCCAGAGCUACGCCAUUGCCCGCAUCAUCUACAGCGCGUUGGCGACGACCGGCAAGGGCGACCUGUUCAAAGACCUGCUCUCUGAGACCAUCGAUCCCUCCAUUCGAUAUGCCGCCUACCAACUAAAGACCCCUCGAACCGUCCCCAUCCCUGCCAUUGCGCGCAAGGCUUUCCCUCGGUCGGAUGCUGAGCUGGUCCGCGAGGUAGACGAGAUUGACUCGUCCAUCCUCGCCGAAGCAGACGCAGCGACCAAGACUGGCAUUACCGCGGAGAGCGCACCGAGGACCCUGACCUGGCGCUCCAGGGAGGUCCAGAUUGAGGAUGCCCAGAUAUCGCUGGCUUGGGCGUCUGUCGAGGGCGCCAAGUCGCGGUUGGCUGCCGCCGUCGAGGCAUCCAAGGACAAGGAGCCUUACGAGGUGGCCGCCGUUUACGACGAAAUAUUGACGGCUACACAAGACGCCGUGGAUGCGACCAAGCAGGCCAUCGACGAACUCAAGGCCGAAGGCGUCGCGCAAAGCGACCCCCGCAUGCAGAGAUUGCAAAUCACCCGAACCGCCGUCAACUACGAGAUGAUCAGCUGGAGAAUCGGCCGGAACCGCGUAUUGACCGGCCGACAGGACGGUGCCCCCGAAGAGUACGGCUCGCUGCGGCGAAAGAAGAAGUCCAAGGCUGCCGCGGAUGCGGGUAAGAAAGAGAGGGAGCUUCCCACGCGUAAGAAGCUGGUGAAGCUCAAGGAAAAGCUGGCACUCUACGACGGCACCCUGCAGAAUCUCAACUCCAUCAACGAACUCCCUGGUGUAGCGGCCGACGAGGGGCUUGCGACGAAGCUCGACGCGGUUGAGAAGUACUUUGAGUCACUCAAGUGCCUGUCGAUCGCCCGCUCGCACGCCAUCAUUGGCAACGUCGCCAAUGCCCUGGCCCUGAUAAACCGGGCCGCCGAGCUGUGCCAAGAGUCAGCGUCGAAGGUGCCCAAGACAUCGGACUCGACUAGCUCGUCACCACUGAACGUCGAAGUCACAUCGGAAUCGGUGUCGGCCCUCGCGAACCUACUCAACGGCGAGCUGCAGCGACACCGCGCCAUUGUCCACAUCGACAACCUCCGUAAGACAGAGAGCGAUGAGGCGGGCAAGGGCCCUAGGAUCCCGCUGCUCGAGCGGCUGCAGGAUUAUCCCUCCGACGGCGUGGACCUGUCCAACCUCGUCGAGUUCCCGCCCAAGUUGGCGCUCGUCCCCAUGAAGCCCAUCUUCCUUGACGUCGCCUGGAACUACAUCGACUACCCCGGCAAAACUGCUGCGGCCGCAACCCCCGCAGCGGCUCCCGAGCCUGUGAAGGAGCCCGCGCCGCAAGCCAAGAGAGGAUGGUUCGGCUUUGGGAGGUGA